UCAAGACUCCCAAAGAAGACAAAGAACCUGUGAAGAAAAGAAUCACAAAGACAGAGCCCAAAAAGCCUGUAAGAGGAAUUAAAAUUGUCAAGAAGGAGGUUGCAUCUGUUCUUAAGAAGGAACAUCUCAAUGUUACAAAAGCAGAAGCAGCUCCAAAGGAGCCUAAGAAGGAGCCAGCGCUAAAAGUAAAGCCUACACCUGUAAAACCAGUUGCUGAGGUUACAAAAGAAAGAGUAAAACGAGCUCCUUCAGAGAAGGAAGCACCAAAGAAAAAGGCUAAAGCACCUCCUGCAAAGAAAGAAGCUGUUGCUCCAAAACAAAAGCCCAAACCAGCGAUCUUGGCAAAAGAACAAGAAGGUACUGCUAGAAAUGCCUCACUGGUGAAAGAGAGGGUUAAAAUUGUGCCUAUGAAGAAAGUGGUCAAGAUGCCAAAAGAAAAAGUCAGAGCUGUCUCUGCAAAGACAACUGAGGUUUCAGAACAGAAGCUCAAGCCAGUUCUAACCAAGAAAGAGCCAGCUCCAGUUAAGACAAAACCAGCACCAGCUAAAGAGGCAGAAGCACCACACAAAAAUGUUACUCUAACAAAGGAGAAGGUGAAAGUGGUGCCACUGAAGAAAGUGCCUGUAACUCCGAAAGUAAGAGCUAAACCAGAACCAACCAAAAAAGAAGCUGAGGUUCUUAAGGAGAAGAAAGCUGAGCCAGUGACUCCCAAAAAAGCAGCUGUUACCAAGACAAAACCAUCACCUGCUAAAAAGAAGAAAGAGCCAGCUCCCAUUAAGACAAAACCAGCCCCAGCUAAAGAGGCAGAAGCACCACACAAAAAUGUUACUCUAACAAAGGAGAAGGUGAAGGUGGUGCCACUGAAGAAAGUGCCUGUGACUCCAAAAGUAAGAGCCAAACCAGAACCAACCAAAAAAGAAGCUGAGGUUCUUAAGGAGAAGAAAGCUGAGCCAGUGACUCCCAAAGAAGCAGCUGUUACUAAGGCAAAACCAUCACCUGCUAAAAAGAAGAAAGAGCCAGCUCCCAUUAAGACAAAACCAGCCCCAGCUAAAGAAGCACCAGACAAAAAUGUUACUCUAACAAAGGAGAAGGUGAAGGUGGUGCCACUGAAGAAAGUGCCUUUGACACUGAAACAGAGAGUUAAACCAGAACCAACCAAAAAAGACGCCAAAAAGCCUGUAAGAGAAAUUAAAAUUGUCAAGAAGGAGGUUGCAUCCGUUCUUAAGAAGGAACAGCUCAAUGUUACAAAAGCAGAAGCAGCUCCCAAGGAGCCUAAGAAGGAGCCAGCGCUAAAAGUAAAGCCUACACCUGUAAAACCAGCUGAGGUUUCAAAACAGAAGCUCAAGCCAGUUCUAACCAAGAAAGAGGCAGAAGCACCACACAAAAAUGUUACUCUAACAAAGGAGAAGGUGAAAGUGGUGCCACUGAAGAAAGUGCCUGUGACUCCGAAAGUAAGAGCCAAACCAGAACCAACCAAAAAAGAAGCUGAGGUUCUUAAGGAGAAGAAAGCUGAGCCAGUGACUCCCAAAAAAGCAGCUGUUACCAAGACAAAACCAUCACCUGCUAAAAAGAAGAAAGCUGAGGCUAAGCCAGUUCCUGCUAAGAAAGAGCCAGAGGUUACAAAGGAAAAACUGAAACCAGCUCUUGAAAAGAAAGCUCCUAAAGCAGAGGUCGAAGCAAAGAAGGAAAAGAUUAAAUCCCUUCUAAAGACAAAAGAGCCAAAAGUACCAGAGGUAAAAGCAAAACCAGCUGUAAAAAAAGAACUGGAAACUCCUAAAGAAAAGGCCAGGCCUGCUGCAGCAAAGAAAGCCAUGUUGAGGGAAAAGACCAAACCAGUCCACGUGAAGAAAGAGCCUCGUGUUUUAAAAGAAAAGAUAAAGCCCAUUGCAACAAAGAAAGAGGACAGGGUUCUCAAAGAGAUACAAGAGCCUGCAAAGAAAGGAAAAACUGCUGAGAAGAAAGCUGAAAAGGAGGAGAAAGUUAAAGUGGAGCCGUCUCUAUCGGACAGCUUUCUCCUGGAAGAUGAGCUGCCCUACUUCCAGUGUUUCUUUGUGGAUGAGGACGAGGCCCAGUUUCCGUUUUACGCCUUCUCGCCGCUGCAGAUUUGACACUUCAGUCUGUGGUCUGACAUUUACAAUUUAGUCAAAUUACCGAUAAGGACGAGGUCACCUCACACCCAGUACUGUUGAAACACGGGUGAUGCUGUUCGCCUUGAGCAGAAAUCCCUGCACAGCAGAAGAUGACGGGUUAUGAGAUGGACCAUUUUUCUUUCCAGAAUUGGUUGAGCUCUCGUACCAAAUACAUGCAGUCAGUGUCAUUCCUUUCUUUUUCCUUUUUUUUUAAAAUAUUUUUUUUAAGUAAUAACUUCUUUUGCAUAUUUUAAAUAGAGCAAUUUACUACUUCACUUCUAUGGUUUCAAACCCUUUAAUAUAUUUACAGCUUACUUUAUUUUCUUAUAAAAGCAAUGGUGCAGUAUUUUUAAAGUAGCUACAAAGUGUAGAGUAGCUUACACUGUGAGGUUAACAGGGUACAAAACUGCUACAGUUGCUACUCCAACACAGACCCUCUUAGCCCACAUUUACUUGAAAAGUAGUUUGCGUUGUAAUUUUACAUCUCUGUGGCUUCUUUCUUGAUCAUGUUGCUUAUCCCACCCUUUAUAGCACUUGUUCAUGAUUCUCUCUCAGUUUCCUAUUGUUCUUCCCAAAUGGGGACACAACAGAUAUCAUAUCAUUACUGAAUGACUUUUUUACCUUUUAUUUUUGUUUUAUGCAUCAAAAGGAAUGACCAUGCACUGUAUAUGAGAGCUCCCAAUCUUGCUACCUGAAACAUUUAAAGUCUUAUCAAACUGUACCAUCUGGAUAUCUGCACCAGCUCCUCGUUAUUAUAUUGGUGCUAGUAAGAGGCAUUGCCUGAACUCUCAGAAUGAGGAUUGAGUUCAGUUUUUUUUUUUUUUUUUUGUUCCUUUCAAUCUAUCAAAAACAUCAGCAAAUCAAGCGUCAGAUUUAUUCUGCAAAUUCCUUGAUUGACCAAAAUCACACUGUAGCUGACUUUGGUCACUGCUGUUGCACUGUGUGCACACAGUAGAAGCUAACGUACUGUAGAAACCUAUUGAGCAGGUUCUUAUAAACAAGAAUGCAAGCAAUAUUGCCUAAAUACGCUAUGGCAACAUUAAGAUAAUAUUAAUGACGACUGUAUAAUGACAUCUCAGAUUCAUGCUGCUAAAAUGCAGCAUAAUACAAACAGGAUUUCUGUUAUCUGAAUAUCCUUUACUUGCUAAUGUCUGAUGAACACAAAAGCAAUGUUGGCUGAGUCUAAUGUCAAAUUUUACAUUGUUGAUUACACCGGCACACCGUGUGAUUACAUUAUAAGUCGCUGCAGAAGGUGUCACACGUUUGGACAGGUGAUCUCAGAUGUAAAACAUUUCUCAGUCUGCUUUUAGCAGCUACGUAUGGCUACAUUGUUGCAUUUGCUCCAUAUGUUGCACAGAGAGCAGUUUUUACAUCCUGUGUCGCUAAUCCUGAAGCUUAAAUGUAAAUCUGCUUAUCUUUUAAAACAAUACCAGUGCACACUUUGUCAGUCUAGGAAUAAUGAAAGCUCACACUCUGCAGCUCUCAGUGAGCUCAGAGUUUAAUAGCGAUUCAUCAGUGUCACUGAUGAAGUUUUGGACACUUUUUACCAAACUAUUUUGAAUAUUAUCAUUAUUAUUAUUUAUGGUACCAAAAGAUAAAUAAACUUGUUUAAACUGUAUAUUAAUGACUCACGUUUACCAGGUGAACAUGUGCAAUACUUAGAUCAGCGAUCAAAGCACAUUAUGUUAGUUUAAUAGUGUUUUAAUGAAGUAUGCAUGAUGUGUGUGCUUUUGUUUUAUGCUCUUAUAUUUUUAUGUGGUUCCCCAAUAGUGUGAAGACAGGAAUCAGUGAAUUUGGUACCAAAAGCUGAUGUGUGUCACUGAAUGGUGUCGCUAACAUCAUACAGGUUGUGUUAAAAUGCUCGUGAUGUAAAUAGUUAAAUAUACAGAAAAACUGAUUGUUUUAUCCCUGAUUCAUUAUUCCUGAAGCGGCUCUUCAUUUGCAGUAAAAACCACAACGUGUAUCAUUUGUCACUUCAACCCUUGUGAACAGAACAAUUAGCCAUUAAAACAUAGCAAUGCAA